ACUCAUGGAGGCCAUUCAGUUCAGUUCAGUUCGUAGUUUGUGUUUCUAAAAUAUUUUUGGUACAAUUGUUUGUAGUGAAAAUAAUUUCAAGUAAAUUUAACUAACCGUGAGAGAAUCGUUACAAAAUUCCCAUACUAAAAGUAUAAUAAAACGAAAACUAACAAAAAGAAACGUCCCACAAGCAAAUAUAUUAUAAUAUAAAUAUACAUAAAAAAAAAACAUUGGAUAAAAGAUUGGAACAAGAUGAUGUUCACUUACAAGGAGUUGAUCGAUGUGGCCAUUGGGUCACCAGAGUCGGGACAUGUGAAUUUCUAUGCUCUGCAUGUCUUACUCUCGAAUUUCGCCCAAAAAUUGGAGUGUAUCGAUGAAGUCGUCGAACAGGACGAUUAUUUGACUACCAGCUUACGUAGGCAAAGCAGUUUGCUUACAGUUGGUAAGCCUUCGAAAUAUCGCUUGUUUGCUGGUGGCGAUCCAGAGGAUGAUGCAGAAAAUGCUGAAGCGGAGGCUCCGGGAGAGGCAGAGGCUGCGCCAAUUGAGGCUGCUGAAGAUCUUACUCCGGCCGAAGAACUCCCACCACCCGUUGAACCUGAACCAGUUGCAGAGCCCGAACCGGAAGUUAUUCCAGAAGCGGCACCAGUAGAAACUGUCGAGCCUGAAGUUCAGCCUUCACCUCAGGCGGAGCCCGAGCCUGAGCCCGAGCAACACAUAGACGAACCUGCUCUCCCCAUGACUGAGCAAGUGCCAGAGCCACAGCCAGAAGCAGAGCCAGCUGCACCCGAAAAGGAGCCAGAAUUGGAUCAGAAAACGCUGCCAUCGCCGGCGCUUGCCUCACGAGUCUCUUCACGUUCAUCAACCCGGGAAAAGGUAUCCCACACUCGCCUCGACGGUUCCAUAACGAAUAACCUAAGUCGACUUGAGAAGCGCAUCUCAAAAAUGGAAUUGCAGAAAGAACAGGCCAGCAUGGAAAUGCAGCAGUUCGUUGGGAACCUGACAGGUCAAUUGAAGCUGACCAUGAAGCAGUUGAAUAAUGUAACUCACUUUCUACUUGAUCGUAAACCAAAUCCGGAUAGGGCUAAGCUCCUACGUCAGUUUGCUCGACAACUGCGUGUCCUGAUGCGAACUGUCGGUGACGACGAAAUCUCCAUUAGCUGGACAAGUGGCGAGGCUGCAAUCGAAGAAAUGGAGGAAGUCGAGGAGGAAAUGGCAGUGGAGGAGUCGGCGACAGCCACCGAGGUGGAUAAACCAGAGGAAGAAGCCUCGUUAGAGCUAGAGCAACAUCUCUGCUACUCCCCGGAACGAAUGUUGACUGAGUUCUUGGAACUGAAAUCACAAUUUUGUGCCCUUACGAACAAAGUGAACGAGUUGGCCGCCGCUCUUCUCAAAGAUGAUGCACAUCGUCUGAUGGAACUGAUGCAGGAGAUGCAGGAAACUGUGCGAGAUAUCAGACUAGCUUCGGCCACCAGUCGCGAGACUAUGCAAAACAUUAACACAAAGAUCGAUCUUAUAUCCAGUCAGGUAGUGCAGAUCAAGAAGUCCAUAAGCCACUUGGAUGAACUGAAAAUUGAUAAAACAGAAGUUGAACUUUUACUAGCAGAGAAGGUUGACUACCAACAGUUGGCCACGAAGGUUUCGCUUGAGCAAUUGGAAGAGUACAAGGCGCGGCUGGAGAAGCAAUUCUGUGAAGUGCGCUACAUUGUUAGCUCCAACGAGAAGAAUGUGCUGCAAAUCAUCGACAAUCUUCGAAUGACUCUGGGCAUCGAUGCCCUUGAAUUGGGUCUUAAGGACUUCCGCGAGAUCAUUGAGAAACGUGUGGCGCUCAUUGCCGAAGCCCUGCAGAAAUACAUGGAGAUGACCAACGAUGAUUGCGCAGCAGCUGCCGGUCGUGUCAAGGUGAUGCAGGAGCUCGCCUGCCUCUCGUGCGAUACGCCGUGUGUCAUGCGGACAAUGGAACGCUCAAAGGUUCCCACUCUUCCAUCGGCCAAGGGAUCCACAGGCCUGGGCCCCAUUGUGACUUACGAGCUGGGUCAAAUCCGUAAGUCUGGCAUCAUGGGCUAUUAUCGCAAGGACGAGUUCCCUCAUGCUUCUAGUGCCUGGACCAAAGGGAUUCCAAUGAACAAGUGUGUUCCUCGUCAUGCGGGCGGUAAUCACACCACCCACACGGCCGACGACCACAUGCAAAAGGUGGUUCUUUCCAAGAAGAAUGCCGGUUGGACUUAAUUUCUGUUCCGUUGUCUCUUCUAUAUGUUUUUAGCUUUUAACAAUGUUUUGUGGGAUGUCGUAUCACAGGGUACUUUAAUUGCGUUGUCACCCACUCACUCACCUGUCACUUUAGCGAAAAUGUAUUACCAAAUUAAAAAGAUUGCAGUAUCGAAA